GGGAGGCAGGAAUGAGAAGACAGAUAUAGUGAAGAAGCAACAGGAUAUAAAUUUUGUUCUGAAGGACAAAGAUUAGAGGCUGCGCCUAUGAAAUGAGACCAUGACAACUGAUGAGGCUACGAAGAAGGAAGGAGAGGUCCAAGCAGCAACCCUUGCUGAACAAGGCGAAGAUAUCACACCAAAUAAAGAUCGAGGGGUUCUGAAGGUUGUGAAGAGACCAGGGAAUAAUGAUGAAUCUCCUAUGAUUGGAGACAAAGUUUAUGUCCAUUACAAAGGAAAGCUGGCCAAUGGAAAAAAGUUUGAUUCCAGCCGUGACAGGAAUGAGCCAUUUAUCUUCAGCCUGGGCAAAGGCCAGGUUAUCAAGGCAUGGGAUAUUGGGGUUGCCACCAUGAAAAGAGGAGAGAUCUGCCACUUGCUGUGUAGGCCAGAAUAUGCAUAUGGUUCUGCUGGUAGUGUCCCAAAGAUCCCCUCAAAUGCAACCCUCUUCUUUGAGAUUGAACUGCUUGAUUUCAAAGGGGAGGAUUUAUUUGAUAAUGGAGGCAUCAUUCGUAGAAUCAAGCAGAAAGGUGAAGGAUAUUCCAACCCCAAUGAAGGAGCAGCUGUUCAGAUCCACUUGAAAGGAUUUUGUGAUGGCAGAAUGUUUGAUUGUAGAGAUGUAGCAUUCACUGUUGGAGAAGGGGAAGAUCAUGACAUUCCCAUUGGAAUUGACAAAGCUCUGGAGAAGAUGCAAAGGGGAGAACACUGUAUCUUGCAUAUAGGAACACGAUACGGGUUUGGUGGAGCUGGAAAGCCUAUAUUUGGCAUUGAACCAAAUGCUGAACUUGUGUAUGAAGUUACAUUGAAAAGCUUUGAAAAGGCCAAAGAAUCCUGGGAGAUGGACACCAAAGAGAAACUUGAACAGGCUGCCAUUGUCAAAGAAAAAGGGACUGUGUAUUUUAAGGAAGGCAAGUACCUGCAGGCAGUAAUUCAGUAUGGAAAGAUUGUAUCCUGGUUAGAAAUGGAAUAUGGCUUAUCAGAAAGGGAAUCUAAAGCUUCAGAAUCUAUAUUGUUGGCAGCCUUCCUCAACCUUGCUAUGUGCCACUUAAAGCUGCGGGAGUACACUAAAGCAGUUGAGUACUGCAAUAAGGCAUUAGCACUGGACCAAGUCAAUGAAAAAGGCUUGUACCGAAGAGGAGAGGCAAGACUGCUCAUGAAUGAAUUUGAGUUGGCAAAAGGUGACUUUCAGAGAGUGCUAGAAGUGAAUCCACAGAACAAGGCAGCCAAGUCACAAAUUACCAUGUGUCAGAAGAAGACAAAGGAGCACAACGAGAGGGACCGAAAGAUAUAUGCCAACAUGUUCAAGAAAUUUGCAGAGAGAGAUGCAAAGGAGGAGGCCAGUAAAACUACAGAAGAGAAGGAAGAAAAGCCAUCUUCUGAAACUGAGCUUAAGAAGACAGUGUCUGAAGGCAGUGAAUCAGAGGGCCAUGUAUGACUGUGCAGCAGAAGGACAAUCCUGAAUUUAGCCUGCACUCAGACAGGUUCUGAAGAACUCAGAAAUUCAACAGUGUUUAUUGUAAAGUUUGUUUCAAUUGGCAUUAUUGUGGAAGCCAAAAGCCUAUCCAGCAGCUUCACAAGAAAUGAUAAGAUUACUGCAAGCUAUGACCAUGCUUAGCAGUAUCACAUAAACCAAGGACAGCAUGGGACCACUUCAAGUGGAACAAAUGGUUCGGUAACAAAUACCCACAAUGGUUCUUGAUAGAUGGCUCAGAGCUCAUUUCAGUUUGCAUCCAACAGUGACCAGGAUAGGGCCCGAUGGUUAUAGCACACAGGAGCAGUCAGCUGUAUAGAUUUGGCAUUGCAUUUGGUUGUAUUUGUAAUAUUGUGGUAGCACCACAUGGGUAUAUUCUGUAUGUCAGAAAAAAAGACCCCCGUGCUACCAACUCAAGGUACUAAUCGUGUUAGUAGAAUCAAGUGGAAAGCGGUUUUAAAAGCCAGACUCCUGGGAUCUUAUUCUCUCUGUCUUGUAGUUCCAGUGGGUUUCUGUAGCACAAUAGUUUCUCAGGGAACUGAGUAGUCCAAAUCACAUUAUUAUUCUUGUUCUUAAAUGAUUGCUUGCUGGCAAGGUCCCUGAUCCAUUGAUGACUGAGUACAGCAGAAAUGCCAGCUUCUGGGUGUGAGCAUUUCCCACCUCCCACUCCCCACUGGGCUAUAAAAUGAUCAGCACCAAACAGUGCUGAUUAGCUGCUGCAGAAGGAGGGAAAGGAAUCUGGACUGAACCAGGCAGUUUUUCUUCCCUCUCCAAUAUCAGUUGGGUGCGGACAUAGGGAUGCUCAAGGACAGUAGCUUUUUUCCUUUAUAUGCAUUUUUUCUUGCUGUAUGGGACAAAUGUAUGCAGUAAUCAACUUGAAUUAUGUGUUGAGACCUUUUGAAUGCAUUGCUCAAGUUUAUAACAUGAUAGCAAUCAGGAUAUUAAAAAAAGAAAGAAAGAACAUUUUCUUUCAGGAAAUUAUUAUGAUUAGUCUUAUUGAUAAUCUAGUGACAUGUUUUGCAACAUUAAAAACAUUUUUAGAAACUAAAUUUGUAAUUUAAGAUUUUUGGCUCAUUCUGGGAUUCCUACUUUAAACUCUUGUUUGGAUCCCCCUGAAACUCUCAGCUUGUUUUUGAAUGCUUUACAAAGCAAAGUGGGUCCACUCUGAACGCUAUAAAUGGUAGGACUGCGCAGUGUUUCAGAUAUGAAGGUGAAAAAGUUGCUUCAGAGUGCAUGGAAAUGCAAACAAUACCUAUCUGCAACUCCUUAAACCAAACACAUCUUUUCCCAGAAUCACACAGCAAGCAGCCAGGAGAUCCUGGGAAAAGGUGUGGCUGCAUCAGGAAAAUGCCUUUGAAUCUGAAGUGCCAAACCACUUUUGCCUUCAAAUCCAAAACACCACUCAGCCCAAAUAAAUAUUUCUUAAAUAUGUUUUCAGUAUAAAGUGGUGAGUUUUUGCUGCAGAUGGCUCACAGCAGUCUGCAUUAUAUCUCAAAAAAUCAUAACAGCACUGAAAUGCAUUUAUGUGUUCAUUCCUAGGGAAAGAUAAUUCUACUUAAGCCCCAUUGAAAUGGCAACAAUGUUUGCUUCAUUGCUUUCAAUGGAGCUUGUGAAAAUAGUUUUCUCUGGGUCUGGGUUAACAAGUUUACUGAUCUGUGAUGGAACAUUACAUUUCAUGGUGCAAAGAGCUGUACCUCUAUUACAGAAUACGUAGGGCAUUUUGCUUUCCUGUAUGUCAAAUGGGCAACACUGCUAUAUUUUAAGAUUUGUUUAGUAUUUUCAAUGUUAAUUUCACUGGGAAUUUAACAAAUGCUUUUUUUUCCUGGUGGUUUUCUUCUCUGACAAAAUGCAGUUUUAAAUUUUUCCCUCUUCUUUUCUGUUCUUAUUGAAAUCAUUGUUCCCUCCCUCCCUCUUCCACUAUAAUUCCACUGUUUAAUUGUAUAUAAACAUAAUCAGAGAAGAGCUAAAACCUCACUACGUUAUUUUUAAACUUUAAGUGGAGCAUGGCUUUCUUUGUCCUAAUAACAUGACGAUAUACCCAAACAGUCUUUGAAUAGGAAAGCAGCAUCUAUAGGUACCACACAGAUAUUCUGAAGGUGAUAUCUGAAAUUUAAAUGAUAGACUCUUUCUGGUUAUUCUGUUCACUUUAACAGAAACUAAAUUUUAUUUACCAUGGUUAAUCCUAGUUUUUGAAUUGUUGUAUACCUCUCUACAUAUACCCAAAUUUCUGUACAGGAUGCUAAGAGAUGAAGGAGUAAUACUGCUAUCUAGAAUACACUGACCAGCAGUUUUUGACACAUGCCCAGGUGUUCAUUUUGUUACAUAGCCAGUUGUAUUAUGUUCCUAUACCAAUUCAUAGCCUUCAAAAUUAUUUUCAUGAGCCAUAUUGAUACAGUAGGGAGCAAAUCUUUCAGAUUUAGAGUGCAAGUCAUGAUUCCCAUUUUUGCCCUCUGUGUUCAUAAACUGCAUGAAUUACUGAACGUCUUACUAUAAACAUCCACAAUAAACAAGAAAGAGGAUAAAAAUCAGCUCUGGAUGUAAAUUAUCCAACAAUAGCAAAAGAAGAAUGAAUUUUUUAUAUUGCAAUAUUUCACCACUGACACAGAAUUUAGUACAAGCAGUAAUGUUUCCUGUUGUCUGGUAUUUAUUGCUUUCUCAAAGAGGAACAUGAGCAAAUGGAAUGUCACUCUUAGACUAUAGAUGGAUAUGGUAUUUUGUCAGUCUUGUUUGAACAGUGCAUUUUGAGGGGACCCGGCUUGAUCUUCCAGUUGAUGAUGGUUUAUGAUGCUAACUAUGUUUUCAGUUUCACCAUGAUUGUUUUAGCUGCAAGAAAGAUUUUCAGUUUGAAAUAGAUAAAACUUUAAUGGGUGAAGGCCUCUCCCAGCUAGGGAGGAUCAGUAUAUGCUAUUGCCCUCCAAAUAUUAUGUGGUAUCCAAAAUGUGUUCCAAUUCUUUUAGAAAAGUUAUUUUUUGCUGUCCUAAAAUCUGUGACUGAAACGAAGUAGUAGUUUCAGCCUUUCCACCUGUAACUGUUCCUACACUGUGUGCACAAUUAUUAGGCAAGUGAGUAUUUUGACCAUAUCAUCAUUUUUAUGCAUAUUUUCCACCUCCAAGCUGUAUAAACCUGAAUGCUUAUAGGAUAUAAGCAUAUCAGGUGAUGUGUAUUUGUGUAAUGAGGGAGGGUGUGGCCUAAGGAAAUCAACACCCUAUAUCAAGGUGUGCAUAUUAUUAGGCAGCUUUUCCUCAGGCAAAAUGGGCCAAAAAAGAGAUUUAACUGACUCUGAAAAGUCAAAAAAUGUAAAAAGUCUUUCAGAGGGAUGCGGCACUCUUGAAAUUGCUAAGAUAUUGGGGCAUGACCACAGAACCAUUAAACGUUUUGUUGCAAAUAGUCAACAGGGUCGCAAGAAAUGUGUUGAGAAAAAAAGAUGCAAAUUAACUGCCAAAGAUUUGAGAAGAAUCAAAUGUGAAGCUACCAGGAACCCAUUAUCCUCUAGUGCUGUCAUAUUCCAGAACUGCAAUCUACCUGGAGUGCUCAGAAGUACAAGGUGUUCAGUGCUCAGAGAUAUGGCCAAGGUAAGGAAGGCUGAAACUGGACCACCACUGAACAAGACGCAUAAGUUGAAAUGGCAAGACUGGGCCAAGAAAUAUCUGAAGACAGAUUUUUCAAAGGUUUUAUGGACUGAAGAGAUGAGAGUGACUCUUGACGGACCAGAUGGAUGGGCCCGUGGCUGGAUCAAUAACGAGCACAGAGCUCCACUUCAACUCAGAUGCCAGCAAGGUGGAGGUGGGGUACUGGUAUGGGCUGGUAUGAUUAAAGAUGAGCUAGUUGGACCUUUUCGGGUUCAAGAUGGACUCAAAAUCAACUCCCAAACCUACUGCCAGUUUGUAGAAGACACUUUCUUCAAGCAGUGGUACAGGAAAAAGUCUGCAUCUUUCAAGAAGACCAUGAUGUUUAUGCAGGACAAUGCUCCAUCGCAUGCAUCAAAGUACUCCACUGUGUGGCUAAUCAGUAAAGGCCUCAAAGAUGAAAGAAUAGUGACAUGGCCCCCUUCCUCACCUGACCUAAACCCUAUUGAGAACUUGUGGGCCCUUCUCAAACAGGAGAUUUACGGUGAAGGAAAACAGUACACCUCUCUGAACAAUGACUGGGAGGCUGUGGUUGCUGCUGCACAAAAAGUUGAUCGUCAACAGAUCAAGAAACUGACAGACUCCAUGAAUGGAAGGCUUAUAACUGUUACUGCAAAGAAGGGUGGCUAUAUUGGUCACUGAUUUUUUGUUUGAAAUGUCAGAAAUGUUUAUUUGUAAAUUUUGAGUUGUUUGUUUAUUAUUCUCACUUUAACAGGUGAAAAUAAACGAGUGAGAUGGAGGAAUUUUCGUUUUUCAUUUAGCUGCAUAAUAAUUCUGCACACUAAUAGUUGCCCAAUAAUUGUGCACAUAUAGAUAUGCUCCUAAGAAAGCCAAAACCUCACUUUUACUUUCUUAAAUAUUCAGGUUUGAGAUUUAUUAACAUUUUGGAUUGACCAAGAGCACUGCAGUUGUUCAAUAAUGAAAUUCAUCCUCAAAAAUACAACUUGCCUAAUAAUUGUGCACACAGUGUAUAUUUUUAUGCUUUCUCAUAAUUUUAACAUGUGAUCCUUGGCUUCAGCUAAAUCUUCCCUUUCUCUCAUAUCUGUACCAUUACUCUCAUUUCUCAUCAAAUUGACAUUAAACUCAGAACUUUGCUGAGGGUAUCUGUUUAGUAUGAUGUGGCUUGGAAAUAUGUACCUCUACAGGUGGAUGUUCAACAGUUUCCUGUCUUGCAUCCUGUAGAUUCUUAGCUUAUUUUUAGUUAUAUGACUGUUGGAACAUCAAGAUAACUACAUCUACCUCAGUAAUGUGGCUUUUACUCAACUGAGUCAUUUGAUGCUUGAAUACUUGCUCUAAAUUAAGUUAACUCUUUUCAGAAACUAUUCCAUGCUGAAGAAAAAUUCAGUUUUAAUUGUUUCAUGUAUCUGGAUUAUGUUUUGGUAAGGAUACUAUAGAAAGGGGAAAGUAAAAUAAUUCAGGUCAGCCACCAAUGAGAUUUCUAUGUGAUUUUUCUCCUGAACUUUUUUUUUUAAAGAGAAGAUCAGAUCUUUUCCUCUUGUAACUUGCUGAAUGAUUGCUACUGAUUAUCCUUUGCUACCCAGAGGGUGCUAUAUGUAGUUGCUAAUAAACUACUCAAAAGCUACCUUUGUUGGAGUCUCCUGUUGAAAAGAGAGAAGUAUAAUCAGUAGCAGUACAGUACAGUAGAUGACUCCCUGAACUGUUUUCUUAAAUAUAUCAAUUUUAUGCAAAAAUGAUAAUUGUUUUGUAUGACUUUUAAAUUGACCCUGGAUUGGAGAAGCUUUUUUUACUAUCUGUGGACUCUUAGAAACACAAAUACAUGGUGCCCUCACCAGAAACAAGCUUGCCAAUAUCAGUGCUCCACUAAUGUAUCUUGUAUAAUGUAAUUGGGUUAAAAGAUGUGAAAUAGAUGAAUUCUUCACUAAUUAGUGCAAUCUUGUUAUCUGUUUUGAUAUCUACUGACUCAGGUGGGCUUUGUUUUCUGCUAAGACAGAUCAGAGAGUCAUACGCAUAUCUUAGCUGCCUUGUACAAAUCCGGCCAUAAUCUACAUUAAGUCAGUUUCAAGAUUUCACAUUACCACUAACAAUGUAUUGUCCUACACAGUUCAGUGCCCGUUUCUGAUAUGUGCAGAGAAUACCAAAUACUCAAAUUCUUAUAUUGUCUCUUUUGUCUUCAUUUUGCUAUUUCAUUUUGCUAAAGCAGGCAAACUUUGACAUCUAUAUGACACCUAACUUAUUUUCAUCUAUUUCCAUAAAGCCUUAAUCCAACAGUCAAUAACUGAACUAAUAACUGAUUUUGCCUGGCCCAUUAUUCCUGAUUGCAUUUUUUCCUCUUUUUUUCCUGUUGUGAUAUCCAUAUCCAAAGGAUCAAUAAAUUAUAUUUGGCCUUGGUAGCUAGCAGAACAUGCAGCUGCAUCAAUUCUGCCUCUUUCUUAGGUCACAGGAAAGGGCAGGGAAUUGUGCCUGUAGCUCUGAUGGGUUCUCAGAGAUAUUCACAAGGAUUGAGAAUGUUUCACUGUUUCAAAGUGCCUCUAAAUCCCAAUUUUGCAGAUUACCACCUAUCAGUCUCUCACGUUGUGCCUGUUAGCCAUGCUAAGUUCAGUGAUAGACUUACCACUAUUUAGGAACCCCAGACCAUAUGAUUCUAGUGACCUAAAGACUAAAUGCAGAUCUGUACUUCACAGAAUUACCUCCAAAUCAACCAUGCUUUUGCUUUCCACAUGGAGUGUUUUUUGGUAGCAUGGCCUAGCAAUGCCUGUUACUGUCUUAAGAGCAUAAUGCCUGAAAAAGUAGGCUGACAUUCCCUCCAAAGGAGAAUUGCUGCUGAAUGUUUUCUCUUUAUAAAUAUUACAGAUGCAUAGAGAUGGUCAGUUACCCUUUUACUGUGUGUUGUCUAUUGGCAUGUGAGAGACGUAGCAAGCGCUCUCUUCAGAAGUCUUGUGAUACAAGAUAGUUGCAAAAAGGACAAAUGUUUGCCUCUUACCUACUUUCUAAGGCCUACCUAUCCUGAAUUACUUGUAAUGUGGAGUGCCAAGUUAAUAGCUUGAAGAGUUUUCAAAUAGGACAGAUGGAUUCAUGGAGGGUGGGUCUGUAAAAACUACUGACUAAGAUGCAUCUUCCAUCUUAACAGAGAAUGUAUCUUAGGUAACAGUGGGAAGGAAAUAAAGAGAAGUUGCUAUCUUAUUCUGCUUUGUGACUCAGCCUUCUGAAAGCCUUUACCUGGUCAAUGUGGGAAACAGAAUGCUGAAAUAAUGAGCUUUAACUUCAGUUUCUCCAAGCCAAGUUUUACUUGGUUUAAUUCUCCAAAGUUUAGCUUUGCCUUGUAUAUAAAUAUGUACUAAGCACCCCAGAAUUAUGCAGGCAUUGUACUGUGCAUCACGUUUUUCUUGGAUCCUGGUAGUUUCUGCUCCACUAACUGGAAAACCUCUCUUGGAGGAGCUGCAUAUUGGAGCUCAGAAAGAUGGGAACAAGUAGUUUAAAUACUCAAAGCUUCAGAGGCUUAUAUGUGAGAAACUUCAACACAUUUUGAUAAUACAAAGGUAUCAGAAAAAUUAUAAAACAGUCCUUUAAACUCCUAAAGGGGGACAAAUGUCCCCUUCCUUUGCUCACCACACAACUGAUACUUCAAUGACGGAAGGCACAGGGCAAGCAAUGGAAGCUGAAUCCCAGGUGAAUCUGGAAAAAGAGUGAUGGAGGCACUCACAUAACGUACCAUCUAUUACUUGGAUUUUCUGCUUUGGAAAGAGUUGUGAUACUGAAACUGCAAGUCUUGUGCACUUUUUCUUAAAGGGCUAACUAUUAUGUUUGGAAUGAGCUAUACAAAAGCCUCCACAGUACACUUCUAUGUCUGCUAAUGGAUAUCAUUACUGCAACUUUGUCCAAGGACAAUUGUUCCACAUCCAGCCUGAAACUGCAAAUUGCAAGACUGUUUAAGGAGGAAAAAACUGCUUUUGUGGCUACAUCAAUGCUCUGUAUUGCCUGCUUCUGUUGAGAAGCCAGGAUGUUUAUGUUACUAAUUAUUUACCUUACUUUACAUUUGCUAAGAAGAGAGCCAGUUUGGUAUUGUGGUUAAGGCAUCAGGCUAGAAACAGGGAAACCAUGAGUUCUAGACUCAGGCACGAAACCAGCUGGGUGACCUUGGGUCAGUCAUGCCCUCUCAGCCCAGGGAAGCAGGCAAUGGCAAGCCAUUUCCAAAAUCUUGCCAAGAAAACUGCAGGGACUUGUUCAGGCAGUUGCCAAGAGUCAACACUGACUCGAAGGCACAGUAAAUAAAACACCUGCUAAGACUGCACAGCGAACCUGUGGGCAGCACCAUAUUCCUCAUCCAUCCUCUCUUCACUGAGGUUUUCAACCCCUGUGAAUGGAUAUGUGGCCUUUCACACAUUAUCAUAAUAUGCUUUUUCCUUAGUCUAAAUCAGUGUUUUUCAACCUUGGUAACUUCAAGAUGCGUGGACUUCAACUCCCUGAAUUCCCCAGCCAGCAUGGGGAAGUUGAAGUGCACACAUCUUUAAGUUAUCAAGGUUGAGAAACACUGGUCUAAAUAUUGAUCUUUUGUCUCCAGAGACAAAAAUGAAAGCAAAGGCCACUUACAGGGGAGAAAGGACUGAAAGUUCUGCUUGCCCAGCGUGUGAAACUGUAAGUUGUGUUUAACAAACUAUGCUAGCCAAUACAAAAAUUAAUCAAACUACAGGAUGCAUUAUGAUGUGUAUAAUCACAGCACCAUGCCAUCAUGUUAAAUCACAUGUGUGUUGGCUUAAUUUGUUAUAUUAACACAGCCAUUAUUGUUUGUUAACCAUGGCUUAUGGAUUAGCAUGUGCAAAAAUAGCCAGUCACUUAGAGAAAAAAGCAGAGCAUUCUGUUGUCUUCAGAGGAAAUUGACUCUAGUGAGUCAAUGAAUUCUACCCAAUAUUUUCUUUCAAACCUUGACUGAGCUCUAGAAGCAACAGAGGUGGGAAAUAAUAUUAUUCUGAUGUACCCUCAAACCAUAUUGCAAACACAACAGAAGCAGACACCACCACCACAAGGCUGGUGGUUUGCUAUUUGGGGUCCCCCCCA